AUGCUCAUUUCCUCAAAUAAUCUUCCCAUCCCCUUCCCUUAUCAUACUAUUCAACUUACUUCAACAACCAGAUAUCUUGGAGUUAUGCAAAUAUAUAUACCCUUAGUACGACAGCAAAUACGAAAAAUUGGUUCAGCUUCAGUUAUUUCUUCAACCUCCAAAGUACUGAAACCAAUUAAACCAGAUUUAUCGACAAUCUCCUGCACUGUGGUUGAUCAAACAGGUACAGUACGUGCUGUAUCCAAAAAAUUCCCACGGGCGACAUUCUUACAACAGAAUAAGCUAUUUCCCCGUGAUCUGAGGAAAAUCGAUUCAUCGAAUGUUGAUGUUGCACCGAGUAUUGCUGUUAGAAGCAAUGGGAUACUAGUGAAUUUGUUGCACAUUAAAGCAUUAAUCAAAAGGAACGAAGUGCUGGUGUUCGACACAGCGUCUCCUCAAUCUGCUAGCAAACUAAGCUUGUUCAUGUAUGAUCUAGAGAGUAAGUUACAGACUAAAGUUGUACAUAGUGGAAUGUUAGGAAUCAACAAUGGAAAUCACCAAAACAUUUUGAACCAAACCUAUGAAUUCAAAACUUUGGAAUGUAUACUUGUUAAUGUCAUGGCUGUGCUGGAGACAGAACUAAGGGAACAUGCAGCUAAAGUCGAUAAAAUCUUAAAACAAUUAGACUCACAGAUUGAUAGAGCUGUCUUGAAAGAUUUAUUGGUAAAUUCAAAAGAUUUGACAAUGUUUUAUCAAAAAUCUCUGCUAAUCAGAAAUACAUUGGACGAACUAUUAGAUAACGAUGAAGAUCUUGAAAACAUGUAUUUGACGGAAAACUAUGAAAUCAAAAGGUUGAUAGUAGAUCAGGAGAGUGACGGUAAGUCUUCAGUUUUGAAAGCCGCAAAACAGGAUGGAAGUAGUAAUGUCAACACUAAUAGCAAUCACCAUAGUCUGAUCCAGGAGGGAAGUGAAAGUAAAGACACCGGUGAAAUUGAAAUGUUGCUAGAAUCAUACUAUAAACAAUGCGAUGAAAUUGUUCAACAAGCAGAAACUAUGAUCAAUAAUAUUAAAUCGACGGAGGAUAUUGUCAACAUAAUCUUGGAUGCAAAUCGUAACUCACUGAUGGUUUUUGAACUAAGGGUUGCAAUUUUCACUCUGGGUAUAACAGUUGCAACAAUUAUACCCGCAUUUUAUGGUAUGAACUUGAAAAAUUAUAUUGAAGAUUCAAAUAUUGCGUUUGUUGGAGUAACGGCUGUUUCUGUUGUACUUGGGGGGAUAAUGGCAAUAAUAUAUUUGCGAAAGUUAAGAGAUGUCCGUCGAAUGACGAUGGUAAGUUCUAAACAGUUAGAUCAGUUCGAUAAUGAUACCAAAAGGGGUAUUCACGAGAAAGUAAGAAGGCAAAGAGAAUCCAAAACCUUAGAGCAACGCCGUAAACUGGAAAAGGAGAUUGUUUGGAAAUGGCUCCUGGGUGAUCAUAAAUAG